CUUCAAUAGACUCCAGACUGACCGCGCGAAACUGGUCGGCUGGCGAGAGGGAACGUCAUGCAUGCCCCGCAACAGCACUACCUAGCACUGCCCCUCCAUCCUCUCUAUUCCCGGAUCGUCAUCCCAGCUCCAGCUCCAGGUCCAGGUUCCCACUUGAUACCGUCGACCGCCAUUGUGCUGCAUAGCUUGAAGCUGACACCCUGCUCAACCCCCGUUUCUCUCCCACACUUCCUGUCUGUUCCAUCGUCUUUUCGCGCAGAGCUUCGACGGGCUCAACCUGCAUUGCAUUCAGUAUAGGCGUGUUAGGAAUCCAUCAUGUCUGUCACCAUUGAAAAGAUCCUAGCUGCUUCGCCCGCUACCCAGCGCGGCCAACCGACGCAGCUCUCCUCCGACAACAAAGGAGAGCGUCUCGCCUACGCGGUUAG